CUGUGGGCUGUCGGGCCCUUUCUUUUUUGUUUUCUAAAAUGGGUUGCUCUGGCGGUCUGGCCCUCGCUCUUAAUAUUAUUUUAUGGGCGGCCGCUAGAACAAGCAUCGACUGCUCCAUGAUGGCCCCCUCGGAGUCCUCCAGUCAUAAUCAGACGGCUGCCUCGUCUGAGUGGUUGACGUAUACGUCGGAUAUGGUCGAAAAUUCGAACAGUUCCGGACGUAGCUCGUCGGUCAAUCAACCGAUUCCUGAGGAACAGGCUUUGGAACGGGAGGCUAGGGCGCAAGAGCACGCCCGCAUCUCGGCGGAGAUCGAAAGUAUUAUGGCGGCCUGCGAGAAUGAGGAGGCCGCCAUGAUACGAAAAGCCCACGUCCUCUUGCAUCAACGAGGGAUAACUCUCGAGGAUCAAGAAGAUGUCAAGCGUGCUCUCCAGUUGGCUCUCCAUAACGACUGGGAGCACGAUAUCGAUGAGCGGAAGAGGCAUUUCACCAUGCUCAGGCGCGACUUCGGAACAACUCGCUGUGAAAGAUGGAAUCCUUUCAUUGAUGAGCUCAGGGGCUUGGGGAACCAUCAGGAACCAUACACCCUAGAAAGAAAGGGAUAUCGCCGAGACAGGACGAAUUCCUCAAUUGAGACAGCUACUCUUUCCUGCAGAAGUAGGAUUCGCCGGAUUCACAGCUGGAUGGAAGACAGGUCGAUUUACCGCUGUACGAUGGUCAGCUUUGGCUUGUAUGUCGGAUUGUGCGGUCACUUGGUUGAGGAUUACACAGUGAAAGUAGGACAAACUGAAGCGAUUGGGGGGAGUUGGAUAAAGGAGCUUGCAGCACACCGGACGAACUCGGCACCGAUGUUGAACAAUUCCAGCUCAGAGCAUCCAGAGGAAACUCCAAAGCAGUCCGAGAUUACCGAUACUCCAUCAGCUAUAGUACCUCCUCCGAGUCUCCAUCCACUGUGCUGUCUAAGGAUCCCUCUGUGCUGUUCAAGGAAUGAAGCAGCCAUGGCGGUUGUGUGGGCUGCUGAGUGUACUCCUACCCAAGGAGUCGAGUUCCCCACUACAGCGGAGAUACGGGUGAAUGAUGAAAUCCGAGUUGAGGAAUUCCUCGAGGAAGCAAAGCUACCUCUCGGUACACACGAUAGAUGGGAGUGGAACCUUCCCUUCCGUCAAUUAGAGAUGUUCAGACGGAGAGAUAACGGAGACGAGUGGGAUAAACGAUUCCCUCCCCUGAGAGUGAGAGCCCAGAGUCAACGAAUCAAAAAGGGAGGAGAAGGAGAUAUCGGAGACGAGAUACCAAUUGACCGAGCUGACGAUGAUACCGAGCGCAUCGGAAAUGGGAUCUCCCCUUCCACGACUGAAGCAUCUCGAUUUGCUAUACCACCAUUUGCACCUGCUGAUCAAGCCAGACGGAAAGGAAUCCGAACCAGCGGGCACAGGCAAGGAAUCCCAGGCCGAACUAGACGCCAGACUCCCCCAUCUGCUAUCCUCUCCGUUGAGUCAUACGGAUGGAGAUAUGGUAGUCCCACAGAUAAAGAUAAGACGCUUCAUUCGGAGCUACAUCAGAGUUCAGUGCGAAGGUUUCUCCUCGACUCCGGUUUGACGGAGCUCAGACGAGCGGAAAGAAAACAGAGCGGAAAGAAAGCAGCACAGCACAGAGGUCUCAGUCCCCCCGAAAUGGAAUUGGAGUCAAGGGCACCUUUAUCGUUACCCAAUUGUCAGGAAGAAAGCAGCUUCAAAGGAUGCAGUGGAGUGGGCAGCUUCAGAGCUGGCUAUUGCUUGCUUAGAGGAGGAAGCAGGCGUGUGAUGCUUCCCGCAAUGGAGCUAGCACCCGAGGAAUGCCUCUUUAUACUCCAGAAGAUUAGAAACACUCUGUGGAACUGCAAGUGGCGUAUUGGAGACUGCACAGCAAGUAGCGUAGUGGAGUGAGCGAGCAUCUUAUUUGCCCGGAUGGAAUAGAGGUUUAUCCUAUUCUCUGUAAACAGAAAGGGAAGUUGUGCCCAAUGACUGGAAUAAGCUAGUACGAUAGAUUAUUAGUUAUGGACUACUCCUUAAGCUAGAGGAGACUUGUUUGUCUGGGAUAAAUUGUCAUUCUAGAC